GACGUAAGCUGUAAGCCGUAAGCUGAUUCACUUUUUUUUUCCAUUUGUCAUACGGCAUACGGUGUGCAACCUUUUCAUAAUUAUAAAAAUGAGACAUUGAAUUGAUGAUAUAAUCAAACCUGUACAAUUAAAAUUGUAUCUGUCGCCAAAAACAGUUUUAAAAAGGUGUAAUAUAUUGUUAAGUUAAGAGUCAAGACAAGGACAGAACUAGAAGUAGGGCACGGGCCGGGAAACUCAGAAGUAUGUCGGAGUAGUCGGAUUAGACUUUAUAAUUUAUAUAAUUUGGUGCCGAUGCCAGCCCAGACCUAGGCUAACAUACUCAUCAUACUGACUCAACUGUCACUGACGAAAACUACACAUUCGGGUUUCAACUCUUGAGUACUUAGAGUUAGACUUACAUAAUUUGUAGCUUACUGACUGACUUACUGAUACUUGACUUUAAUUUAUUAGUCACUAUUAUUAGGCUAGGCCUAUUCAAAGUUUUUCCUAAAUAUAUUAUAUAUAUAUAUAAAUAUAUAUUUAAUAUAUAUAUAAAAUAUAUUUUUUUUACUGAUCUUGAUGAUCUAUGCUGAAGUAUGCUGGACUCUGCGGUAAAUCUGGUAAUACUUGUCUGUCACAACUUGUUACCUGAUUUCUUCAAUAACUUUUGAAUUAUCAUUAUCAUUUGUCAUUGUUAUGAGUUAAGUAUUGUGAAAUGUGUUAAUUUAACUAUUAAUUAUAUCAAUAACUGCAGUUGUAGAUCAUGGAUGACUAUGAAUAAUGAUAAAAAUGACAUUAAUAAUAAUGACAUGAGUCAUGUCAUUAUUAUUAAUGUCAUUUUUAUGACAAACUUCUGUGAACAAAAAAAUGACUUUUUAAGAUAUCUCACCAAUUUUAAUUUGCAUAGAUAUUCCUUGCUAUUUUGCUCAGCCUUAUUUUCAGUAAAUGAAUAAUGAAAAGGCCAAAUCAUUUCCAGUGCCUUAAUGAAUGUCAGUCAACAAUAAUAAAAUAAUAAUAAUAUGAUUUAUUAUUUAUAUUAAUAAUUAAUCAAACUAUAUCUAUUACAGUUGUCAGUUGUAGUCUACCAUCUACAGUACAGCCAGUGACAAUUAUUGAAGACAUCAACCUGAAAGUUGAGACAGCAGAAGAAGCAGGUGAUUUAGUGUUUCUCAUAAUAAUUAUACGAGUAUGACACAUUAUCAUAAUCACAUAUUUGACACAGGCGUAAAGGAACUUAAUUUCUUUUUCUUUUUUAAAUUUUGUGUCAUUUCCAGUAAUGAUAAAUUAUAAGAAACCAAUAUCACAAUAAUUUAUAAUUAGUAAAAAUUAUUAUUAGUAAUAUUAGGCCUAAUUGAAAAGUAAUCGGACUAAUAGUAAUAGUUUAAUAAUUCAUCUUAAUUUUUCAUGCAUGCCAAACUGCAGGAUCAAAAACUGUGCAAAAAGUUUUUUAAAUUUUCAAUGGCAUGAAAAACUGUACAGCAAAAAAAUGAAAAGUAAAACAAGUUUAAUUUAUAAUUUUUUCAUUUAAUUAUCAAUGUUUUGAAUGCAUGCAAACUUGGCCUUUUUGAUCAUUUCUGAAUUAGUUUGAAAUCCUGACCCUAACAACAAGUGAGAUUUAGAUAUGUUUGAAAUUAAAUUUGCAAAUAAGACCCCUACCCUUGUAACUUUAUCCGACAGAUUAUUUACACAUGUUGGCUUGAGACAAGUUGGAUUUAGGCCUCAUUAUCAUACUAAUCAUAGAAGUAGAAUUUUCUUUCCAUUGCCUCAAAGUUUCAUUCAUGCAACUUUGUUUUAAAAUGUGCAGGCACUUAAAUAUCUUUUUUUUGCAAAAUGCUUGCAAUGAUCUGAUUGAUGAGACAUCGAUAAUUCAAGGGACUUAGAAACUUACUCAAGUGUCUAAUUAAUCCAUUUUUUUAAUAUGAGGUUCAUCCACUUAAUUAAUUGGAAAUCUCUACCUGUAGUAAAUUAAUAAAUUUAAAAAAAAGAACAUAAAAUUCUUACUCUUACUGAUGUUGGCUCUAACUCUAAAUAAAAUAUAGACCUAGAAGAAACCAAACAUGUUUGCAUGUAUGCUUUUUUCACAAAAUUCAUAGACUGUUGUGAUUCUUCUUUUCCUCUCUAUUGACUAGCUUAUCAAAAUACAAAAUUCUUUAUGUAACAAUGUUACUAAUGCUACCUGAUGGUGCUGAUUUCACUAAAUAAAAUUUCUGAUAACUGCGCUAAAUGAGAUUCUUAAAUACAUAAUAAAAUUCCUGAUAAAUGUACUAUAUGAGAUUCUUUAAAAUGCUGCAACUGUGUUUGAUACAUAAUAUUAUACUUUUGUUUUACAGAAAUAGUUAGGGGGAGUUAUUAGCACUAAUUGGGAAUCUUAUAAAGUGCAAUACUUAAAUGCAUGUUUUGUCAAGUAACUUUGUGUUUUGGGGCCGCCAUUGUUUGGCGGGCCAUAGCCAGUUAAACAUACUUAAUUUACCUAACUGUCUAAACUAAGGUGAUCAAACGCCCCGUAUAAACAGGAUUGUCACGUUUUUUCACGAUCGUACCUGUUGUCCCGAAAAAAUCUCUCGGGACACCUAAAUGUCCCGUUUUUUAAACCAAACACAUUUUCAAAUCACUAAAAAUUCCUAAUUUAUAAUAUAAUUUCAAGUAAUAUUUUGGCUAGCUGUGUAGCCAGUGCCAAUAGUGAUGUGGGCUCGGGUGAUGGCUGCACUGUUCCCCCUCCACAACAGUGUCCCUGCCAUAGAUCUUAUAUGUAAAUGUAUAGCGAAAGACAAGAGACUUGAAGCAGUGGGGGUGGGAUGUAACUGUGCAGAAACCAAUUUUGUUUCCGCUACCAUUACGUGUAAUGCGUUAGUCUUAUGUGUGAUCCCUGCUGGCCUGUUCGUGUCAAAGUGACAGGUAUUUGUUUUGGGUUUUGAACUUUAUUCUUUAAUUUUAUAUUAUCUUCUCAUGUAGAUAAUAAUUAUGCCCAAGCGUCAAUGUAAGUUUACGGAGGAGUAUUACAAAGAGUGGAACUAUAUUAAAAAAGGACGAUAUGAAAGUGAAGCCGAGUGCACAGUGUGCAAUAAUGUUUUUAGGUAUUGGUAUUCCCCCCCCCCCACUCCUCACUCCCCAAGACCGUCCUUGAAAGUGUCCCGUUUUUUCCAGUUCAUGAUUUAGUGACCCUAGUCUAAACAAAUCAUUUGAGUUUUACUUUUCAUUCAGUUACAAUAAAUAUCUGACUCCUAAUAGUCAUAAAUGUUUAUAAUACUCUGAAUCUGAGUUAGACUACUGUUACUCUGCAUCUAUUGCACUGCAGUUGUGGUACUAGAAUAGAAAAUAGAAAAUUCAGCAAAUAAAUUCAAAGCUAGGUCCAAAGUGAUAAAAUUUGCUAAUAUUAUAAAUGUGUCUUUACCCUUUAAAAAAAUUAUUUAAAAGCUAUACUGUUUCCUCAAAAAUUUAUAAUCAUCUUCAUAUAAAUAAUAUAAUAUAGACCAAGUUGGAGUUUGUAAUUUUUGCCGUUAAAAAAAGUAAUUUCAUUAAAAAUCUUUCUAUCCAUCUUGAUUUUGGUUAAAAAGUAAUAACCAUAAAACUUAACUUCACUAUGUAAAAUUAUCCUAGGCUUUUAUACAUAAUAAAUAAAAAAAUAUAUCUAAAGCUCUUAUCUUACUUAUAUUUUAAAAAUAAUUUAAUAUUUUAUUUUAUACCAGCAAACAUUUUAUUUUGAAAAAUCCCAUUUCCUGUAAUUUCAGGGUUUUUUUAUUCUUUUUUGCUCACCCUCUCUUGAUUUCAAAACAUUCCCCACAACACUUUUUUUCAGACAUUUAAAAAAUGACUUCGAUGGAACUAAAAACAAGGCAAGAAAUUGAUGAAAUUAUUCACAUGGUCUUAUUUCAAGAAAAAGACCCACUAGAAGGUGAGUUUCCUCUUUUAAACCAGAGAUCUCAAACCAUCAAAAUAUGUUCAUAAAAAUAAUAGCCUCUUUAUCCUUAUUAAUCCAUAGAAUUUUUUUAGAAUAUAGAAUAUUGAGAUUAUGCAUAUUUAUAAUCCAAAUUUAAUGAAAAACAACCAAUGAACAAUUUGUAUUGCUUCAAUAUCCAAUAUUUCUUAACAAGGAAAUAUUAUAUUAUAUAAUUUAUAAUUAUACUUAUGAAGCUAUACAAAAUUCUUAAACACUAUAGAUUUUUAAUGUUUAGAUAAAAUGUAUAUGUUUACUCAGAAACAAUAAAUUAAAAAAUGUGCAGAAUAAAAAUAAUGAUAGGUCUUCUUGUGAAAAUUUGAUACUUAACGUUAACAAAACAAAACAAAGUUUCAAAUAACGCCUUAAAGGUAUUAUGUUAGUUUUAUUUGUUUCUCCUAACCAUAGAUCAUUAUAAAUGCAUACAUAGUUUCGAAUUUCCAACAAAAGUUGGAAACUUGUACAGAGAUGACAAAAAAAAGUCAUUAAAAUACUUUAUAAGGGAAAUAUGUUUAUUUCAUAUGAGUAGUUUAUCUUUAUAUGAAUCAUAUAUAUAUAUAUAUAUAUAUAUAUGAUUUAUAUAAAAAUAAACUACUCAUAUAUAUAUAUAUAUAUGAAUGAAAGUGAAAAUUUGUUUGUGGCUUUGUUCCGCAUAGGUUUCAACAUGGAUUAAUCGAUCAUGACCAAACUUGGUACAUAAAUCCAUCAUUAUCUAGAAUGAAAUACUGGGAUUUUAAAACGUUUUAUAAUAUUUCUUUUAGGUCCCUAAAUUCUCUUUUUUUCUUAUAUGAAUAAAAUUACUAAUAAAUACUCCUACAUGAAAAGAUGGAUCUAAGCAAACUUAGUACACGUACACUUGAUUAUUAAUAUUGAAAUACCCAUGAGUAAUGAACUCAUAAUAUUCCCUUCUUUAGGGCCUGGGGGUCCAUUUCAUUUUUCCUAUUAAAUAAAUACAAAUAGGCUUAGACAAUACUAUAGGUUUUAUGUGAAUUCAUGGAUCUAGGUCUAGCUGGGUAGCAAUACCCUUCAUAGUCCCUAUUGAAAUAUUGGUGGGUUUAAAAGUAAUAAUAUCCAAUCCAUUCAGGAUAUGUCUAGAAUUUUUAGAAAAUUUCACAUAAUUUCAAGGAGGCAUGAUAAUUGCUAGAUGCCUGCUUAACCAUUUUAAUAUACAUCUUGAGAAGGGUCUCCUGCCAGAAUAUUAAUCCAGUUUCUGUAAAGAACAUGAAAUUAUUGAUAUGGUAUUUGCAGCCAGGCAUCUAUAGGAAAAAUCAAGGAACAGAAUAUUGACCUCUUCUCUUCCUUUGUUGACCUGAUCAAGGCUUUCGACACUGUUAGUGGAGAAGGUCUCUGGAAGAUCAUGGCAAAAUAUGGAUGCCCCAGAAAGUUCAUAUCAUGGUACAGCAAUUCUAUGAUGGUAUGCAGGCUGGGGUUCUGGGAAUUGGAGAGUCUAAACCAUUCCCUGUCGCAUCAAACAAGAUAAUGUUCUGGCACCAACACUUUUCAGCUAUGCUGACUGAUGCCUUCAAAUCAGGAGAUUUUAGAUUGGCAUCAGAUACAGAACUGAUGGUAAGCUAUUUAAGUUCAAGAGGCUACAAAGUGGCUGUGUUCCCUGCCCCUCUUGAUGCCUGUGAAACAUGCACAGUCUAUCAAUGCCAUGGAAGAAAGUUGAACCAAUUUCACAUGAAUCGCCUCAUAAAAAUCAUCAUCUAAUGGCAGGAAAGGGUCCCAGACGCCAAGAUACUCGCUCAGACUUGGUUAACUCUGUACUUGGAGGUGUCCCAUCCAUUCUUUGCACAAGAUCAUUUUGUUCCGGAAACAGCUAUCUCUGCCCCGAUAGAGAGAAUCAGAACCAGCAUGAACCCUAAUGCUUGAAAUGGUCUUGAUAGAUUUUGACGGAGAACAAACAUUAACAAUGAGAUAUAUGAGAGUCAAAUUUUUUUUUAAACCCUGUCAUUUAGAAUAUUUAAGUAUGACUCUAAUCAUAGCAAAUUUUGACGCUAUUUUUUAGAUGAUGGCGAAAUUGAUGAAGAGGAACAAGCAGAUGCAGGUGUAGAGUCUGACCAACAAGGUAUUUCCUCAGUUGAUCUUUAUCUCCAUAUAGUGUGUUAGUUCACCUGGUGAUAGGUAAUUCAAUCAUUAUUCCUGGAAUGCUGGAUGGUAUAAGAGGUGAUGUGUUACUGUCUCUUUAAUGUUUGCAGAGUGGUAAGUUGGUGUUGUAUCUGGUUGAGUUGUGAGUUUAGUUGGGUGUGUCCUUGUGCCAAGUUGAAAGAUUAUGCUCCAUUAAAUAUAAUAUUUCUGUUGCUUCAGUAGUUUAUCCAUUAACUCUGUCUUCUUUUGUGUUAGCUCUGAUAAUCUCAUUGGCUUUGUCACGUGAUGCUGGUAUAUUUGGCUAUUCAUUGGAUUCUCACUGUUCUGCUACCGGUACUGAAAAUCUCAUUGGAAAUACAUUUAAUAUAACAAAUGAAGAACUAUUUUGAUUAUUUUAUAUGAUUUUAAGGAGUCGAUAAAUUGUUUUUUAUUAAUAUUUCACCACAUUUAUCGGAAAACCCAAAGAAUCUGUGGGUUUUCUUUUAGAACUUAGUUAAUAUUGCAAAAUUUAAUUUACAUUAAUGUUAUCCAAAUGUCUCCUUUUUCAAAAAAUAUCAAAUUAAAAUGUUUGAUUGAACUCAAACAAAGAAAAUUAUAACAAACUUAAAAGAACUUAAUUUAAUUUAAAAUUGCACAAAUCAAUAGCUUUAACUUUUGCUGAUUAAUAACCAUGAGGGACAUUCCCAAAAUGUAAUGCUAUAAAAGGUGAAAAAGAGGUGUUAUUUUAUAAAAUAAUUAGAUAUCAUACAAAUUAAGAAAAUAAAAUUUAGUUCAAGGACAUUGACAAACAUUGGGUAAUAGAUUUACAUAAGUAUAUUUUAAAAUCUCAAAAUGCAAUCAUUUUACACAUGUGAAAAUUUAAUCUUUAAAAGAUAGCCAUAUAAUAUUAUCCCUUUAACAUUCAAACUUCAAAGGCAUCAUAAAAGAUGGGUUAAGGUUUCUUUUAAAAUAUGAAAAUAUAUUUUUUUUUCCACUCUGCGAAAAUUUCUAUGAGAUUAAUAGUACUUUACUAAAACACCCAAGGCAGUUGCAGACGUGAAAAUGAGUUAAGAGCUUCUUUAUUAAAUAAAUGAAUUAUGUUUUUUUUUACAAUUUUAAAAUAAUAUAGAAGGGAAGCGAGAAUAAAGUUUGAUUCAAUUUUGAAGGUACCAAUACAGGUACGGUAUAUCAAAUUCCAAUUUUUAAAAGAUAUUUCAAAUGGUAAAUAUAUUUUUUGUUGUAAAUUUGAGGAUGUAUUUUCACAAUUAUUAAAGAAAAAAAUUUUAGUUCAAAGGUAGGGUAAGCCUAUAUUAUAUAGCAGAUAAAUAUUUCUCCAGACUAAAUGGUGUUAGAAAGAUAAACAUCAUUACAUAGAUUUUUCUUUUUGAAAUUAGGAAUUCUCAUUAACCAUUUCCCAAAUAUAUAUAUCAAGGAUGUGGAAUAUUGUUGUUGUUUUCUUGUUUUUUUAUGAUUAUACAAAAUAUCAAAACCUGUGUCUGGUAUUGACAUAAAAAUUGGAUUAUUAUGUGUAUCGCAAAAUGCUUACCAUUAUUAUCAUGGUAACAUCAGGUCAUAUGUUCUAGUUUAAUGAUAUUAUAAAUUUUUUAAAAAUUCUUAUUAUUUAGAUUUAUAACAUUAUGACAGGAAUAUAUGAGAAAGGAAUAAAAAAAAUAUUUUGUUAAGUUUUAAAAUAUUUAGUAAUAUAUUAUUUGUUAAAUUGAGUUGAAUGUCUCAUUUAAAUGUAUUAAAUAUUAAUAAUUUUUAAAAAUACUCAUAAUUUUUAUUAUUUCCUAGAAUAUCUUUCCCAUCUAUCCUAUUUUCUUGCAGCCCUCAGAAGUUUUUCAUUAUGUAAUAUGGGCCUCCUCACAUUUUUAAUUGUGCAUGCCUGGUCUAGGUACACAUUUCUAUAAUAGACUUACAUAUUUAGGGAAUUUCACAAAUUGCUCUUUGAAACUAACUAAAAAAAAAAUUUAAUGGAAACUUUUAAGUACUGUACAUUAUUAUAAAUACCAUAAAAUAAUGUGCACCUGUUGUAUAAAAAUUUUAAAUAUUUUUUCUUGUCCUUUUAUGAGAUAUAUUCAAUUUUAAGAACUUGUAUAGUAUUUAAUGCUAUAAACUUUAAUAGUUUAAACACUCCUCAGUGUUUUUAAGUCAUUUCAAAUUCUUUUGCUGGAAAUAUAUUUCACAAAUAAAAAUUUUAGGCCAUAUACAUUUAUUAUAUCAAAAUUUAUUGCAGAGCUUUUCAGAAAAAGAUGUGGUCAAAUUCUUGGAAAGAUGGGUGAUGAAUUUUAUAAAGAAAAGGCAAAAGGUCAAGCUGAUGUUCAAGGUGAUUUUGUUUACUAUCUCCAUUAAUAUUAAUUUGCAUUCUCAAAAAAAAAUAAAAUUGAUGAGUAAGUAAUUUUUAUUCCUUUGAUAAACUUUUAAAAUUUAUAUGAAUCUUAAAUUUGAAAAAAUGUAAAUUUAUUAGACUGUAAGUAGCUUUUAUUUUAAAAGCUUUUAAAACUGAUUAUUCAAGGGUCCAAUUGUACCCUAGGUGUCUCAAAUGAAAUGAUCUAUUAUCAUAGAAAACUAAGAAUACAAAAUGAAAAAUAGACAUUUCGGAUUUGAAUUUAAUGUCUCUUCACAUAAUGUGGCAGUCAGAAAUUUUUUAAAUAUGGCAAUAAAAAAAACAAUGUCGAAAAUGUUUCAUUUUAAGUUAAUCAUUAGCUUGGAGUCAGAUGAUGAAAUUCUUAUAAUUCUUCUACCUGUCAAUUAGAAGCUGUGGAAUACAUAACUAUCUUUUUAUUUUACUAUGUAUCAUAAAAAGAACUGAGGGAAAAUGUUCAACAAAAUUCUGCAACUACGGAACAGUGUGAAUGCUGUAAUUUAUGGUAAUUUAUUUUUAUAUAAAUGAUAAAUGUAUGAUUUUUUUUUCCAACAGAGCAAUUGCAACAAUCCCAAGUCCAAGAAGUGAUAAAUGCAUUGAGUGAGGUAUGUUAAUGUAAACUUCUCAAAAUUUAGUGUCGGACAGAUUUCAGAUAGAUUUAUAAAAAAAAUAAUACGAAUUGUUGGUAAUUCUAAAUUUGUCUAAAUAUAUCUUAAUAUCCUUCAACAACACUCAUUUUUUUUUUUUUCAAAUCAAAAUAUCUAAAUCACGCACUUAUUAAUGAAAAUGACAAAAAUGGCAAAAUGUUAAUCUUGCAUUAUUUCACACAGUGUUGUUGUGUUGUGACUUCACUUUUUUAUGUCUUGUAUCCUUCUCCUUUGUUUUUUUGACGUUGAACUAACGUUGAUGAUUGUCUCUCUAGUUUGAUUAUCUCUCCUGAGAAAUACCUUUAGAAGUUAGAAGUAUAAUUUUUCAACACUUAAUUCCAACAGACAGUAUCCUUGAAGCUAAAGCAACUAUAAUAUAUAUGACCACUGCUUUAUUUUGUACGUCAGGAUAAAUGAUGGCAAAAGUUUCAAGAAGUCAUAGACAGUUACACAGAGGGAAAUUAAUUAUUUAUUUAUUUUGAAAGAUUAACGUUUACAUCUAAGUCAUCGUGAAAGAUUUUUUGUCAAAGACAAUAUUUUCUCCUUAUACUAAUACUAAUAUGCUGAAAAAAAAUAUUCAGAAAUUGCCUUUAAAAGUUAGGUAGUUUUUAAUAAAUAAUUUUACAAAACUGAAAACUUUUGCAUAGUUAAAACCUAUGUUUGUCAGAGCCCAUGGGGGAUUGCAUAGCAUCCUUGAAGUUAAAGUAAAUAUCAUUUAUCUCUCCACUGCUUCAUUUGUAUACCAGGCUAAUUCUUGGGAAAAGUUUAAAGAAGUCAUAGACAGUUCCACUGAGGGAACUGUCGUUGGAGAUUCUUACAAAACCCUAGGCUCUCUAAUAUUGGUUCUACAUGGUUUACGCAGCCUAGGAGAAGGAACCAAAAAUCUAGCUGCCAGAUUAGCAAGACGAUAUGUUUCAGAGGCAAAAUUAGACAAAGAUAUUGCUCGUAUGGGAGGCCUGGUGAGUAUCUUGAAAACUUAACAUUUGUGUGCUUAUUAAUGUAAUAUAAUCAUUUUUCAUCUAGCAUGAUUAUUUUUAUUUUAAGUUUAAGGCUUCUUUAAAACAAACAAACUUGUUAACACAAUUAUUCCUUCACUUCCUAAAAUUUAGCUAGCCUUUAAUAAACCUACUGAAUUGAAACGAUGCUCAUUCAUUGGUUAUGUAGCUUUUCACCUCAUUUGCUAAUGCAAGCAUUUUUUACCAGUUCAUUUUCAUUAAAAUGGUAUUGUAAAAGCCCAGUGGAACCACAGAGAAAUUGUCAUCAUUAUUCUCAUUUCCUCGCUCUGUGUUCCUUUUUUCUUCUCUUUCUCUCUCUUUAAAAUGCUCCUUUUCUUCAUACUGUUUGGCUUAUUUUUCUAUACAUUCAAUUAGUUGGGUGUACAGUUCUCAAAGAAACUAUUCUAAUGCUGUAAAGAAAUGAUUACAGUAUUAUUUUUUGAACAAUAAUUGCUCUAAAUUGAUAAAAGAUUAAAUUUGAAUUUGUUCUUGUUUGAAUCUUUCCUUUGGGACCUCAUUUAAUACUAAUGUCUACAGUGAAGUUACCUCAUUGAAGCUGUUUUAUAAAUGUUUUACCUUUUUUCUUUUCAGCCAAAAUUUUUAGCAGAUAAUUUAGAUUAAUUGUUAUAAAUAAAGCUUCCUAAACAUGUGUCUCCUCCAAGAUUUGAACAAGAAUCCGACUCGAGAGAAUAAACAAGUUUUGCAGUACUUAUGUCCACUGAGUGAAUAUGGUCCCAUUCUUAGAAAUGUUUGAUCUUUAAUGCUCAAGCCAAAUUGUGAACUGAUGAUCUCAAAGAAAUAAUACAUUUACCAAAAAUAUCUUUGAUUUCUUUUUUUAAAGAAUUUUUUUAAAAAUUGUUUUUGCAAGAGGAACUAUUUCUUGCUAACUUAUGUAGUUUUGCAAUUAUUGUUUUAUAAUAAAUUUUAAAGUAUUUUUUAAAUUUUUGUGAUAUUAUAGUUCAAAAGCAUUCAAUUUAAAAAGUAUAAAAAACUAUGUGUAAUUGUAAGAAAUCCUGCAAAUGUAAAGAAUAUUUUUUAAUUAUUUUUUUUUUGUGCCAGAAUGUUUUUACUGUAAGUUGUCAAAUAAAAUCAUAUGGCUUAAAACUAUGUCAUUGUAAUAUAUUUUUUUUCAAGACAAUAUUUUCUCCUCCUAUGCAUAAAAAAUAUUCAGAUGUUGUUUUAUAAUUUUAAAAAACAUUUUGCAUAGUUAUAACCUAUGUUUGUUAUAGGUCGUAGGGUAUUGCAAACUGCUUUGUUGCAAAACCAUGGAUGCUAACUCAGAAAUUUAUGUUGCAUUGCAGAUGAAUUUAGUUUCGCAAUAUUAGCAUAUGCCUUACAAGUAAACUAAAGAGAACUAACCUUCAGCUUUAACAAUAAAGAAGUAAUAUGGGGCCACAAAAAUCUUUAAAAUCUAAAAAAAAAAAAACUUUUUAGAAGUAAGUAAUGCAUUCCAAGACAAGUUUUAUAGCACUUAUUACUGUAUUAAUUUGAUGCAAUCUAUUCAUGUCAGAAUAACAUUUACAUCUAUGUGUAACUUAUUUAUUUGUAAAUCAUUAGAAAUGGUUCUUGUACUUGUUUGUUUUAUAUCAUUCAUAAAUGUAUAUCAGUUGCAAAAUUCUUCAUUCAUAAAUGUACCAGGUAAAUCAAUUGCAUAAUCUUAAUUUAUUUUGCUUCCCAAAAGUAUUUUUGGGGGCCAUCCACAUAUUAUAUAUGCACGGGGGAGGGGGGGGGGUGUGUGUCCAUUUGGGAGAUUUUUCACAUGCAGGUGGAGAUGGGUCUGGCCGAAUGUGCUUGCAGCUACGCACAAAUUGUGCAAAAAUAAUUCUGAUAGUCAUAGAUAUCCUAUUUUAAUACAUCUUAUAGAAGAAUAAGCCAAUGACCUACAAAAAAACUGAAAUCCAUGAUUUUUUAUUAUUUCGGAAGGUUAUGAAAUUAUCAUGGAAAAGUUGCAUAACACUGUUGCCUUUUGUUGUCUCAAAUGAACUCGCUAGUUAUCACAACAUUAAUAUAUAGCCUAUUUCCAUCUUUAGUCCGCCGAUUGCCAUUGGUGCGCUCCUGUUAGUGUGACCCAAUUAUUGAUGUAACACUUUGUUUGACUGUACUGAUACUAAAGAUUAUAUUUGCUAUGCCAAACAGACAGCGGAGAACACACAUGAUAACUUGUAACAUGGUUUAUGUCGACUUUUUUCAAUAGCUGUGUCUCAUAUUUGUCUAUAAAUUUAUGGAGACAGAUGUUUGUAGGUGGGGGGGGGGGGAAUUCUCAUUUGUAUGUUCGCAUUGAGGGAUUGUCCAAAAAUGUAUGGGUGCAACAAAGGAGAGGAGGGUAUGAAAAUUUGAAUUUUUCUGAAAGUAAUAUUGUGGAUUGCCCCUUACUGAUUCUUGUUUUAUAUGUGUAUUAUUUACGUAAUUGUUGCGUAUUAUUUUUUAUUUGAUAUUGUCAUAAAAUGAAAUUGUAAUAGAUAACACAGCUAUUUGUAUCUUAAAUUAGUUUCUAAUGAUGUCAAAGACAUUGCCCUAAUGAUGUCAAAGACAUUGCCCUAACGAUGUCAAAGACAUUGCCAAACAGUUGUUAUCAAAGGUUUAUUUCUCAGGUAUUUAACAUACUGUUACCGGUAGCCAGCAACUACAAAAUGCCUUAACAAAUUAUUUGUCCUAGAGGCAUGGAUUUUGAGCAAAGCUAUUUUGUGUGAUUGAAAAAAUAGAUGUCCCAAUCUUUACUUUAUAUACAUUAAUAUAAUAAAUGGAAAAAUAUAUUAUAGUAUUUAUUUACUUCGACCAUAUGUCUGAUUGAUUAGUUCGACUUGUUUUGGUUGUCAGCACUGGGCGUUAUCUUUCAUGGUCUUCUUUAAAUAUAUUUUAAAGUAUUUAUAUUAUUUUUAACCUCUCUGAAAUUCCCAAGAGCCAUAGUUCUGUGUUAUUAGUUGAGCAUUAUGUGUUAUACCUGGUAGUGAUAUUGUGCAGACCUGUUUACUCUUACGAUUUUGGCGUACAAUGUACGAUUUUGAGGUGUUAGCAUGUAUACUGUAUGUUUAUUUUUUUACUAUAAAUAUAAGGUUUUGAACGAUUUUGUGAUAAUAUUGUACGUUUUUAAUAGUUUGAGAGUAAACAGGUCUGUAUUGUGAGAACUAAGAACAUGUCUCAUGUCCUAUAUGUUCAGUGAGAUUUUUUACCUAUCUUUUUAACUAUAAAGGUAAACUUGAAACAGUAACAUUAAUUUAUUUUAAAGCAAAGUUUUGCCCUUUUGCAUGUGUUUUUACAAAAACAUUCCAAAUGUUUUAAACAUUUUUUCCCCCUUAUCACUAUGCUGUAAACCUAUGCAAUUUUAUUUUUGAAAGAGAUGUUCACUUCUAGUGUAAAUGCAUUAAAAUCAAGUGAGCCAUAAAUACCACAACUGAACCCAACAAAUAGUUGCGUAUAUAAUAUAUAACAAUUAUGGCAUUGUUUGAAGCUUAUUUGUAACAAAAACGUUUUUUACGAGACUGCUGACUCAGCCUUAGCCAUUGUCUUUUCUCCCUUUCUGAUUUUAUAAGGUGCCUUAAGUCUUAGUGCUAUUUGAAAAUAACCUGCUGGUUGCAAGCAAGGAGUUUGAAUGAGUAAUAAAAUCAAUUUUUCAUUAAUUAAUUGGCUUGAGAUUUUUUUUAUUCAGUAAAAAUGAUCAGUCAGGUUUUUAAAUUUGUAAAAGCAAUAAAAAGCCUAAUACUAAUAAUAAAGCAUUAUGUAAGAAAAUAUGUUUUGUGCCAUUACUUUUAAGUUGAUUUUAACCUGAAUUGUUAGGCCUACCAACCUCAUCAAAAUAUUGACUCUAGAUUUGUUUGACAUUGAUUCAGUUAGCAGUCUUGAUUUGACAGGGG